AUGCUCGAAGGCGACGGCCAGAUCCGCAAGCGGAAGCGUGGGGCUGCUGGUAGUCUUGGUAUCGAGGUCCUGAAGGGACUUGGCCAGGCUGGCUUCGACGUCCGCGUCCUCUCGCCCAAAGCUGGGAAGGUUCCCGCCGCCUAUGCCAACCAGGUCAAGGAAGUUGUUGUUAAAUACGAUGACCCUGCGUCACUCAAAUCAGCGCUUGAUGGUGUUGACGCCGUCGUCUCGACACUUGGGGCCCCUGCCGUAGGUGGCCCCCAGCGCGCUCUCAUUGAUGCCGCCGUCAGCGCCGGAGUUCAACGAUUUAUUCCGUCCAAUUUUGGUUGCGAUCAACAGAACCCGCUCACACGCCAGCUUCCUGUAUUCGCAGAGAAGGUCAAGACUGAGGAUUACCUGACGGAGAAGGCCGAGUCCUCCUCGUUGAGUUACACCUAUGUUUACAACAACCUGUUCCUCGACUGGGGCUUCACCCAUGGGACCCUAGCCAACAUCAAGGACCGGCGUGUGGUGCUUUAUAACGGCGGCGACCUUGCAGUCAGCGUGACUCGGCUUGCCACAGUUGCGAAGGGUGUUGUUGGGGUUCUCAAGAACCCAGAUGCCACUCGAAAUCGUUCGGUUAGGAUCGACGAUGGCAAAAUCUCGUUUAAACAAAUUGCCGCAAUUGCCAAAGACGCGCUUCCAGGCCAGUGGACCAUCACUGAGGCUGACACAGACGCCCUCAAGGAGACUAGCGACCAGGCGCUGAAGGCUGGAACCGUCGAGGGAUGGGUGUGGCUCAAUUACAUUCUCCAGGGAGGCACAAACGCAAAGUACGGCCCCGCUUUCGACAACAUUGACAACGAUCAGUUGGGGCUCGCCAGGUUGUCCGAUGGAGAGCUGCAAGCCCUAGUGAAGGAUCUUAUCACUCAGACCGUGCGCGAGUAG